AUGUUCCAAAUCAACUUUGGUUGCGGGCGGAUUAGUGGUUAAUUCCCUCUCCGAAGAUUCCAGAAAAUCGAUUCGUUUUUCAACAUCAGUCACUCUUGUAGCUAACUCAGAGAAUUUUAUUUCCAUCGCCAUAAUCGAUCGACGUAUUACAGCGAGAUCCUCCAAUUCAGCAAGAAUCUUCUCAACAUCACCGACAUGUUGGACAACUGACGCUGGAUCUCCUCUCCCACCGCGCCAUCCAAAUCGAGUCCCCGGUCUGUAGGCCUGUCGGGGCUUUCAUCCUGAACAUAUCUCAGUUUUAUAGGUAUUUACAGCUGCGCCACCUGCUUUGUACUAUUUUCGGGAGAAGCAUACACCCCCCUAAACUGGCAGAUACUCUGAGAAUGGUGAUUACUGCUUUUGGAAAAGGUCACGAGGCAUCAGUGUAUUACUCCCUGCUAAUUCAGAGUCUGGGGGACGAAGCUUUAACUUCUAUCAAGAGAUUAUGUGAGAAAGAUGAGUCUGAGGCAUCUGUCUCUUCAUUUGAAUGCCUCUCACGAUGGCUAAGCGGGAAAGCGGCAGCACCAGUCCGGUGGUGCGUCAGAUAGACAAGCAGUUCUUGGUGUGCAGCAUCUGUCUGGAGCAUUACCACAACCCCAAAGUCCUGCCCUGCCUGCACACCUUCUGCGAGAGAUGCCUUCAGAAUUACAUCCCCCCUCAGUCCCUGACCCUCUCCUGCCCGGUGUGCAGACAGACCUCCAUCCUACCUGAAAAGGGUGUAGCAGCUCUGCAGAACAAUUUCUUCAUCACUAAUCUGAUGGAGGUGUUGCAGAGAGAGCAUGACUGCACCCGUUCAGAGGCCUCCAGUGGGCUGGAAUCGGCUAGUGCUGCUACAUAUGCCCCACCCCUCUCCUGUCCCAACCAUGAGGGCAAGGUCAUGGAGUUUUACUGCGAAUCUUGUGAAACGGCCAUGUGUUUGGAGUGCACAGAGGGAGAGCACAGAGAACAUGUGACCGUUCCACUACGGGAUGUUCUGGAGCAACACAAAGCAGCACUGAAGAACCAGCUGGAUGCGAUUUGCAACAGAGUUCCCCAACUGACUGCAGCUAUAGAGCUGGUAAAUGAGAUCUCCAGGCAGCUAACAGACAGGAAGAAUGAGUCAGUGAUGGAGAUCAGCAAUACAUUCGAGGAGCUGGAGAAAGCACUGCACCAGCGCAAGACUGCUCUCAUCACCGACCUGGAGAAUAUCUGCAGCAGCAAGCAAAAGGUUCUACAGGCCCAAUUGGCUGCAUUACUGCAAGGGAAGGAGAAUAUUCAGAGCAACUGUAGCUUCACAGAGCAGGCCCUGAACCACGGCAGCCCCACUGAAGUGCUCCUGGUGCAGAAGCAGAUGGGAGAGCGGAUGGGGGUUCUAGCCCGCCACUCCUUCCCUGAACAGCCUCAUGAGAAUGGCCACCUGGACUGCCAGGUGGAGACGGAGGGUCUGCGGCGCUCUAUCCAGAACCUGGGGGUCCUGCUCACCACCAGCGCCGUGGGUCACACCAGUGUGGCUACUGGAGAGGGACUCAGACAUGCUGUUGUUGGGCAAAAUACCACUGUUACUGUGACCACUAAGGACAAAGACAGUGAGCUAGUUAAAACUGGAAAUGCUGUACUGAGGGCUCAGAUCACCGGUCCAGACGGAACUGUCACCGAAACUGAGAUAACAGACAAUAAGAAUGGCACGUACGAGAUCGGCUACACGCUCCGCUCAGAGGGCGAGUUUUCUUUCUCUGUUCUGCUAUAUGGGCAACCUGUGAGGGGCAGCCCUUUCCGCCUGCGAGCCGUUAAACCAUGCGAUGCCCCGCAGUCGCCUGAUGAUGUUAAGAGGCGUGUAAAGUCUCCUGCAGGAGGUGGAGGGGGUGGAGGACAUGUGCGGCAAAAGGCGGUACGCAGACCCUCAAGUAUGUACAGCACUACUAAGAAGAAGGAGAACCCAAUAGAGGACGAGCUCAUCUACAGAGUGGGGACGAGAGGGCGUGAGCGGGGGGAAUUCUCCAAUCUGCAGGGCAUCUCUACCACCACCAACGGACGAAUUGUAGUAGCUGACAGCAACAACCAGUGCAUACAGGUGUUCUCCAACGAUGGUCAAUUCAAGCUGAAGUUUGGGGUCAGGGGUCGCUCCCCUGGUCAGCUGCAGCGACCCACUGGUGUUGCGGUGGACAUGAAUGGUGACAUUAUUGUGGCUGACUAUGACAACAGAUGGCUCAGCAUUUUCUCCCCUGAUGGGAAGUUUAAGAAUAAAAUUGGGGCAGGCCGGCUGAUGGGUCCUAAAGGAGUAGCCGUGGACAAAAAUGGUCAUAUAAUCACAGCGGAUAACAAGGCCUGCUGCGUCUUCAUCUUCCAAUCCAACGGCAAACUGGUGACCAAAUUUGGUGCGAAAGGAACAUCAGAGUUGGCAGAAAAAGGUACUCCAAAUACACCAACAGAGCCAAAGCAAAGUAAAUCUGGCCCUGCCUUCAGUCCCCAUUUUGUGGCUAUAAACAACAAGAAUGAAAUUGUUGUGACAGACUUCCACAAUCAUUCCGUUAAGGUUUACAAUGCUGAUGGGGAGUUCCUGUUUAAAUUUGGUUCGCAUGGAGAAGGGAAUGGGCAGUUCAAUGCACCCACGGGAGUGGCUGUAGAUGGCAAUGGGAAUAUUAUUGUUGCAGACUGGGGUAACAGUAGGAUACAGGUGUUUGACAAUUCUGGCUCCUUUCUGUCAUACAUAAACACAACGGCAGAUCCCCUGUACGGUCCACAGGGUCUCGCUCUCACUUCUGAUGGCCAUGUGGCUGUGGCAGACUCUGGAAACCAUUGUUUCAAAAUGUAUCGAUACCUGCAGUAAAGACUCAUCUGUACUGACCAUGGAAGGUUUAGCAAAUAAGGUCCAAAAGUCUUCUUUUGCAUUUCAUGUUUUUCUUUUGCACAACUCUUUGCACAUGAAUCUCCAGGAAAUAAUUACAGCCAUUUGACUGCUUUAACCUGAUGUAAACAAACCCAGGGCUUAAUGAAUUUUGCAUCCGUAUUUGAUCAAUUUGAAUUGAUUUGCGUUAAUAGUUCAUUUCUAAACUGAAUGUGUAUUGAACAAGUAAUAACAUGGUCACGGUGCAUACAACAGUUACUAAGGGCGCCUCCACACUAGAGUUUAUUCUCUGUCAGAUCACUGCAAAUCCAUUGCUUUUAAUGGGGAUUGUGCGUCGGAAGGACACUGGAAAAACGCAAGGGUAUGCAAAAGUGAUGCCUUGUCACUACAACUUUUGCUGCAACACUAAUCUUAACCCUCAAACUAGAGCGUACCCAAUCCUAUUCAUCGUAAGCGGUCGUGUCAAGAAGGGAAACCUUGUUCUGCAACGUCUCAAGAUUCACAUGCAACAUUCACACAAUGGGCCUUAUUUAUGAAACAUGAGCAGAAAAAUGUGUUUAAAUGCAUUCUUAUGAAAUUUGUCCCAUUGAACUGAAUAGGAGGAUUAAUGCAAGAAUUGUUUUACUAACAAUUUACACAAAAAAUUGUUUGUGUUUCAGGAAUAAAGCCCAAUAUGUUCACUGUGUUUAUUUGGAUAUCCCCCCUAACUCAACCCUUCCCCAAACCUAACCUUAUCAUUCUUAACCCUAACCCCUGUAAACCUAAUCCUAGCCCUAAACCUAACCUUACUGUUCUUAACCCUACCCCUAACCUUAGCCGUAAACCUAACUUUAUCAUUCUUAACCCUAACCCCUGUAAAAAUAAUCCUAAACCUAACAUUAUUGUUCUUAACCCUAACAUUACUUGUAAACCUAACCUUAUCGUUCUUAACACUAGUAGCAGCAAAUGCGACUCUCACAAGAUUUCCGCAGACGGAGGACUUCUACCUUACAGACACGACUGUCAAAUGCUCUGUCUGAGCUUUCUCUAGUGUGUUGGCAUCCUAAGAGGGCAGCUAUCCAUACAUUUUUAAAGUACAAAUUAUUUUAUACUGUUUAUCCAAAAUGUCAAGCUGCUUGGUUAACCCCCCUAUUACAUUAAACAAGAAUUUCAAUUGCAGGGAAAUUGCAGUCUAUAAAUGUUUACUGGUCAACUCGUUAAUGCAUCAGCUUUUGAAUGACCUGAGGAACUAUAUGUGCAUUGACUAGUUGCACAUGUGUAUGCAUUUGUAUCAUAUGGUGUAAAUUUGAUUGCCAUUGGUUUGCUGUAAUAUGGUUUCAGAAAUCCACUCUCUCUUAGGCCGGGCGUACACGGUGCAAGUUCUGACACUUGGUAGGUCGUGAGCCCCUGCACACGUUACGAGUCAGUUUAUCUGAACAUCGUACAGGUGCAAUCGUACAUGACACGACUUCACGACCUGGCAAAUUCCGGAGUAAUCCCAUGAAUUUUUGCGCUAUUUAUCAUAAGACAUAAAGCCAGAGGAGGAUAUUGCUUUAAUUCCUCGUAGCUUGCAAUUUAGAAAUAAAAUAGAAUACUGGCAUGGGGGCUGCAUUAGCUGAAAACUCAUCUGCAGAUAAAAAAAAAUAAAAAAGGAUACUUUUUAGAAAUGCUGUCUAAAAUUUGACAGAUUCAGAAUUCGAAGGGAGGCUGUGAUUUUAUGACUGCGUACAUCAAUCAUAACAUCAGUGUAUUGCUGCCAGUUACUGCAUGAUAAAGUGCACAAAAUGUACAAGAUUACAAAGAAAGUGUGUGAAAAUUCACGCACCAUUUCUGUUGGUUAUGUGCAAGCAUGACGUUUAGUGCAGAAUUCAGAGUUAUUUUAGUGGAGUAGGCUACCUAUAUUAUUCAGCUUUAGAUGUAGGCUAUGUCUUUCUUAUCUGUAUCACUGCUUGCAUGUUGAUAGCAAACAUUCUGAAGAACAUCUGUGAGGGCUUCUUGUCCAUGGGAAUGCAUGUUAAAGCCGCACACUGCAAAGUUUAAAAAUCUUGUUUUAGUGCAGCAGUUGAUUGAUAGGUAGAACUUUCAACCUGGAAGUCCUUUGUUUCACUAGACAUGCGCUUGGAGAGUUAAAAAAAAAUCUUCUAACACGUAUCCACUAUUGUGUAUAUACAAUUAUAACAGAUGCUAUACCCCCCUAAAUGUCACCCUAGAACUGAAACGAAUGCAAGUGUGACGAAUAAAAUCGACCAUGACAGAAAUUUUAAAACUCUGUCCGUCAGAGUGAUAAAGAUUGUUUUCUAGCACAACCCGUAUGGCAAAUUAUUUGUUUGAAGAGCAGAGAACAGCAUGGCAUUUCUGUAGAAUCCUUCCCAGUGAUGUGGUCGUGAAUAAUAUGGGAAAACACAGUUUUAACAAGACCAUUUUUCUCCAAAUGUCUAAAAGCUUCAUGAACACUCAGUUUUCAUUGAUCGUGUGAGUUGUAACACCUUCUGAUUGGUCAACUUCAGGUAGGGAGCCAAAUUGGGCAGAAUUUUUAAAACAUUUUUAAAAAUUAUCGGGAGGUCGUGGGUGCUCGUAAGCCACUCGGCUCCACUCGUAAUUCUUCACACAAUGCGAGCCGCGAUCCUGCAAUCUCUCCCAACUGGAAAGAAUCGGUCGGGAGCUUGCAUGACAGCCGAAAAUCACAUCGUGUACGCCCGCCUUUAGUGCGCUAAAGCUCAAUAUUAAAGUGACCCAGCUGUCAAUGUGCUUUACUGCCUUAUUAGAGCUGCUUGUAAGUUCAUUGUGCCUCUGCUUUCAGCACAACAGCACAGUUCGUAUUAUGCAUGUUCUUUCAUAUAAAAAGGUAAAAAAGCAAGUUAAUUUAUUUUGUACACAAUCUUUUAAUGUACAAGUUAUUUUUCUAAGUUAAAGUGUUUUGUUUAUCUGCAAAUCAAUGCCUUCAGUGGUUGUCACAAGGAAUGAUGACAUGUACAAAGCUAAUGUGUAAUGAAGUACGAGAUAUUUCAUGCACAGGACAUCCACCAUGUCAUUAAAGGGAAUGUGGGUCUGUCAUAUCAAGAUGCUGAAAAUGAUGAGGGAAUAUGAAGUAUAAGGGGCCGUUCACACCGAACACUUUUUUUCCGUCCGUGCUGUUUUUUAAAAUAAUUUUUUUACAGUUUUUCUGGACAUCUUUAAUGGUUGUGCCGCAUCUCGCACAUUUUUAAGACGCUGUAUACAUUUAAAAAAAAAAAAAAAACUUUUAAAAAUGCGUUUCAAGACACCUGCAUUGUCUAGUUUUUUAACAGCAAAAAAGCGUUCUGUAAGAAAUAGCCACUGCUGCGUUUUGAAGUUGCCAAAUUCAAGAAAGGGCAUGACAAUUGCAGGGCACUAGGUUUUUUUUUGUUUUUGUUUUUUUUUGCUUGUUUUAAAAAAAUUAAUGAAAAAGAAGUAUUGAGAUAUCACAGUUUGACCAUUGUGGCCCAAAUGUUACACUACUAGGAUACACAAUAGAAAAAUCAUGAGAACAUUUGUUUAUUUGGAGUUGACUAAUGUGCACAAGUGAUAUUAAAGCCACUGUUUUAAGUCACUAAAUACAGUAUUCUGUAAUACAACUGUUCAGUGUAUAACCACAAGAGGAAAUGUGAAGCAUUUUAAAUCUAGUAUUUAAAUUGCAACAAUGCUCUCUCAAAUAUUCCUCAUAAAUGUAAUGUAUCAUUUCUAAAAUUUCCCCUAAAAGAAUAUUCAAUUGUGGGCAACCAGGGAUAUUGAAAAGCUGACGGUUAAGGCCUGUCAAAGAGAUUUAAUAUCUGGGAUUAUUGUAAUAAAGUCUUCCCAUCUGAAUUUCCUCUAUAUAAUAGAAUGAAGGAAAAAGUGAAUCAACUGUAUUGCCAAUAUUCAGCACCUUCCAUAUUAAAAUCCAAAUUAAAAUGCUUCAGACUCUUGUUUCCAAUGUAUCCAACUGUAACAGUCUCUUUAUAUGUCAAAAUGCACUAGAAAUAAAAGCACAUGAUUUACUGAGCCAAA